UGAGGUAUCCAAUCAGCCAACGUUCCUCAACGCUCUUCAAUGACUUAUGCUCUCAUCUGUUGUUGCUCAACGCAUUUAUUUUUUGCUUGUAAUCGCGAUUUCUUUAGAUGACUUCAUAUCUACGCAGCUGGAUCUCGUCGGUCCCCUCAUUAGGCGUAACAUCUUCGCUACCUGGGGCACAGCCUGCUCCGAACAUCAUUGAAGUGCCACCAACGGAAGAGGAUGAUGAGGACGAAGCAGCUACUUUGCGGGGGGAUGAAGAAGAUGGCCAUGUUGAUGACUCACCUUCCGCCUUCCCAAGUCUGGAUAGUGCUCAACGUGCAGGCUCGAGCAAAGAGAUUACCAGCCCUGCGAUUCCGCGGAUCCUGACUGAUUCAGAGCUCAUGCCUCCUCCGCCGUUACCUGGACUUGCAAGUCGACGACCAGGAACCUCCUCGGUGUCAUCUGCGUCUUCAUCGUCUCUUCUUAGGGCGACGAAGAAGGUAGCCUUAGCACCCGGACAAGGUGUUGACACUUUGUCCCGAAUACCCAUGUCUGUUCUCAGGCAGCAUAAUAAGCGGGAUGAUGCGUGGUCCUCUUUCAACGGCAAAGUCUACAAUAUUACUCCUUACUUGCCAUAUCACCCUGGCGGCGAGAAAGAGCUAAUGCGACUGGCGGGUAGAGAUGGAUCGAAGCUCUUUGCCUUAACUCAUGGCUGGGUUAACAUAGACUACAUGCUUGAUGAGUGUCUAGUUGGUUUCCUGGUCUCGGACUCUUGACGAGACUACCAGAGCUGCUGCCUCUUCGACGUCCACUGCAUUCCUGGAUCCAAUGAUACGCAUACUCUAGAAUAGAGCCUAUCUACAUAUUGUGUUUUUUUGUGCCAUUCACACUACAAUACACUACCAUUUCUAUG